AUGGCCAUGAAAAAACAAACAGCCAAAGUGUCUCCCUCGCCCAUCACUGGUCCUGCCGUCUUUCUGCUGCCCACUCCACAGGAGCAUGCUGAAAGACAGAGGGGACCUCAGCACGCGGCUGAAGAUGGGCAGGAUGGAGGGCAGGGUGGAGGGAAGGGUGGAGACCAGGCAGAAGAGUGUGUGGAGAAGAGAGAGGACAGUAAGAGCCGCUGUGCCCGCUGCCCGCUGAGAGCCAUGUGUCGAGCUGUGUGGGGGCUGGUCCUUGGGUGCUGUGUGGCCCUGGCGUGGGCAGUGGGCACACACAGUGCCAAGCAGUCUCUGGAGCAGCUCCAUGCCCCCUUCUUCACUAUUUGGUUCUGCAGUACAUGGAACCUCCUCCUCUUCCCCCUCUACUACCUGGGACACCUGCUAGGGGCAGAGCAGAGACAGUGGCCCACAGCCUGCUUCAGGCAGUGCAGUGGCUUCCUGGUGGAGGAGGACAUGACAGUGAGAGUGCUCCUGAAGGGUGCAGCACCGUUCUCCGUGCUGUGGAGUCUCUCAGGCUACCUGUACCUGCUGGCUCUUUGUCGCAUCUCAGCGGGAGACGCUAGCGCCAUUCUCUGCUGUAGCCAGGGCUUCAUCUUCCUCCUGUCCUGGAUUGGACUCAACGACCGGUUCAUGGGUGUACGGAUAGUGGCUGUAAUUCUCUCCAUCACAGGAAUCGUCAUGAUGGCGUAUGCUGAUGGUUUCCAUAGCGACUCAAUCACAGGGGUGGCCCUGGCAGUAGGCUCAGCUUCAACCACUGCCCUGUACAAGGUGUUGUUUAGAAAGCGAGUGGGAGAGGUGCAGCCGGGUACGGCCAGUGUUCUGCUGUCCUGUGUGGGGCUAUGCUGCUGUGUCCUCCACUCCUGGGUGUGUGUGAUACUCUACCUCACACAUGUGGAGUACUGGCCUCCAAUCCAGUACAUCCCCUGGGACGCAUUGUGCGUGAUGGCCUCCCAGCUCCUCGCUUUCAAUGUCUUGGUGAAUCUAGGAAGUGUGCUUGCCUCCCCCUCCCUUAUUUCUCUUGGAAUGUUACUGAGCAUCCCAGCUAAUUCAGCAGUGGAUUUCUAUGUUGCUGCAGCCCAGCUCAGCCAGGUCAGAGUGGCUGCAGCAGCUAUCAUCGGGGUGGGCUACCUCUUACUGCUGCUCCCUGGAGACUGGGAUGACAGUGUUGUCCACUGGAUAGAGGGUCUGUGGCAAGGAGGAUGGAAAGAGGACAGUGUGGUUGGAGAAGAUGGAGGAGCUGAUGGAGGAGAAAUUGCAAAGCCCAAGCCCAAACCAGCAGGCAUUGCUGCCCUAACAUGAUGCUCUUUGGUUUUACAUGACAGAACUUGGUGUCAAAAGUCUCUCAACCAAAACCAG